CACUCUUCUUCUCUCUUUGUAAUUAGCAGCGGCGUGCAACCCCCGCUAAAUUCAACUUCAGAACAACCUCCUCUUUUUGAUGGAACCACCAGGUUGUACACAAGUUAUAGUUGCCCUUAUGCUCAACGUGUAUGGAUCACUAGGAACUACAAGGGGUUGCAAGACAAGAUCGAAUUGGUACCUAUCGACCUUUCAAACAAGCCUGCUUGGUACAAGGAAAAAGUAUAUCCUGAAGGCAAGGUUCCAUCUUUGAAGCACAAUGGCAAGGUAUUGGGAGAAAGUCUUGAUUUGAUCAAAUAUGUAGAUGCUAACUUUGAAGGAACACCUUUGUUUCCCAAUCAUCAUCCUGCCAAGAAAGAGUUCGGUGAGCAGUUGUUAUCCCAUGUUGAUACAUUCACCCAAGACACUGUCAAGUCAGUAAAAGGGAUACUGUGAAACUGUUAUGAUUUUGUAAAGUU